AUGAGGCUUCCACAAUCCGCAUAUCGAGACAACCCGCAUACCAUAUCAUUGACUGAGCCGCCGGGGCUCAAGCCCAGAGUCAUUGACACUCUGAGAGAGUUUGAGGAGAAAUUCAGCAUUAAUAUCUUACUUUUUGAUGCAAAGACUGCACAAGCGUAUCAAAACACCACCGUUGGUUCAAAGGAAUUCAAAAUUCAUCUACUAGAAAUGAUUGCAAUUGCUUGCCACAACAUCGCAGUGCUUAUCUACAAAGAAAUCAAGGGCAGUAAUAUCCCAACCGAGCGGAUAUGGUACCAACCGCCCCCUAUCAUAUCAUCACUUCCACCUCGUCUCGACGGCCGGCCUGACGAACCUGAAACAUUCCCACCGCGACUAGUCCUUCCAACGGACUUUUACCAUCCGUUCUACCAAGCGAUGGAGCAAUAUCCAGAAGGUGUAGCUGAUGUUGUGGGCUACCGGGCUGAAUUACGAAUUUUCGGUGGUGUUGUGGUAUUUGACAGGGGAGAAAGCGGGGACGAGUGUAAAGAAGCGCUCAUACACCCUGCAAAGCGGCGCAUGAUAUACCAGCUCCACGAUCACCAGAUUGACGAGUUUGUUAAAUUCGAAUCAGUUAAAAGAGAUGGCGACGUCAACCACUCCCUCAACCUUGAUUCCGUCAGGGCAGAUACAGCUGUGAGAGACGACGAGAUACUAGGGUCUCCUCUACCGUUUCAAAAUGAGCGCUACCAUAGAAGAGUAGACGAGCGGGAUGCCUUCAAUCAGCACAUCUUUAGGAAUAGGUAUGAGCGGAAGUGGGCGACUAGGGCGCCGUUGACUUAUCGGCGGAUGGGUGCUGAUGAGCCUGAGCUUGAGGAUGUGAUGGAGCGGUACCGGACUACUGGAAAAUUUGAGUGA